AUAGAAAAUAAUUUCUAGCAGCCUGGGUAGGGUUUGGGCCAUGGGGAAGAGCAGGAAGCGGCAAGCGGCAAAGCGGAUGAUGGACAUUGACCAUGAUCAAGAGGCACAGGGCAUGGAUGUAGACGAGCCCAAAUCCACAUCCAACCCACCCAAUGGGCUGUCCAAGGAAUCCAAAUUGAUCGCAAAGCGGCGUCGUGCCGUGAAUGUACGCAAGAAGGCGGCGGCUGACAAGGCGCUGGCGAUGCUGGAGAAGAAACAGCAAAAGGCUCAGACGGAUCUGGCAAAGGUGUGUCGCAAGAAUCUACUCAAGAAGCUGUACUAGGUAGUGGAAAGAGGUAGGGUUGCAAUGGAGAGUCAUCAUGCCCGGCUGCUAGCCUUCGAUUUUGUGAGGAAACAGGUUGGCCGUCGUGUAGAGAUGGUGGGGGUGGCGGUGAGCGUGGAGCGCAAGCCCAAGUACGUGCGCUUUGCUGUGGACGACGGCACGGGCUGCAUAUCUUGCAUCUUGUGGACCAACCAGAGUGGCGCCCCCCAGCAGCAGGCAGCGGCAGACAUGGCGCGGCUUGUCACUCUGGGGGGCCUGCUCGCGGUGCACGGCCGCGUCUCCCGCUACCACCACCACCCGCAGCUCACCGUUUCGUCUCUCCUGCCACAGCCGGAUGCCAAUGCCGAGGUUUACCACUGGAUGGAGUGUAUCAAGCUUGCGCUAGAUUGCUAUUAGUUCUCCAAAUUGUGGCCCUCCCUGUUAAAUACAAGUUAGCCUAAAGGGAAACGAUAAAAAGGCGCUGCGCAGGGCAAGAGGGCGAGGGAUUGAUAGCCCUCUGAAUCCCAUGUCCAGUUGAUCCAUAGCAUAUAACAAGGUAGAGCAAUCCAUGGCUUCUAGCUCGCACAGUGUUAGAACCAGAGUAGGGAAGUAUGAGCUUGGGAGAACGCUUGGAGAGGGUACCUUUGCCAAAGUCAAGUUUGCGAAGAAUACUAAAACAGGGCAAGGUGUGGCUAUCAAGAUCCUUGACAGGGACAGAGUUCUUAAGCACAAGAUGGUCGAACAGAUCAAGCGAGAAAUCUCAACUAUGAAACUCGUGAGACAUCCUAAUAUUGUUCAGAUAAACGAGGUUAUGGCCAGCAAGUCCAAAAUCUACAUCGUCUUGGAGCUUGUCACGGGCGGUGAGCUCUUUGAUAAGAUCGUUCAUCAAGGCAGGCUUAAGGAAGACGAAGCAAGGAAAUACUUUCAGCAGCUUAUAAAUGCAGUAGAUUACUGCCACAGCCGUGGUGUAUACCACCGUGAUUUGAAGCCUGAGAACCUGCUACUAGAUUCAAAUGGGAACCUGAAAAUAUCGGAUUUCGGUCUGAGUGCUCUGCCUCAACAACUCAGGGCUGAUGGGUUGCUGCAUACAACUUGUGGGACUCCAAACUACGUCUCACCAGAGGUGAUCAAUGACAAAGGUUACGAUGGAGCCAAGGCAGAUUUGUGGUCUUGUGGGGUAAUUCUGUUUGUUCUCAUGGCUGGCUAUUUACCUUUCGACGAGCCCAAUCUGAUGAACUUGUACAAGAAGAUAUACAAUGCAGAGUUCACCUUCCCUGCUUGGUUUUCUACGGGAGCAAAGAAGCUCAUACACAGGAUUCUAAACCCCAAUCCUCAAACACGUAUCACUGUCCCUGAAAUCUUGGAGAAUGAGUGGUUCAAGAAAGGAUAUGUUCCAGCAAAGUUUGAAGAGGAGGAGCAUGUAAAUCUCUCCGACAUUGAUGCCGUUUUUAACGCGUCAUCAGAGGAUCACCUAGUAACAGAGAAGAAGGAGGCCAAACCCAAUCCAAUGAACGCCUUUGAAUUAAUAUCCACGUCUCAAGGGCUUGACUUGUCAGCACUGUUUGAAGAGAAACAGGCUCCAGUGAAGCGGGAAACUAGAUUCACUUCAAGCAAGGCUCCGAAAGAAAUUCUUCAAAAGCUUGAAGACACAGCCAAACCCCUUGGCUUCAAUAUAGACAAGCGUGAUUACAAGAUGAAAAUGCGAGGAGAAAAAUCUGGCCGCAAAGGUCACCUUUCUGUCUCAACAGAGGUGUUUGAAGUUGCACCAUCUCUAUUUAUGGUGGAGUUGAGAAAAGCCUCUGGGGACACUUUGGAGUAUCAUAAGUUUUACAAUAAUUUAUCCCAAGGUAUCAAUGAAAUCAUGUGGAAGUCUAAUGAAACUCACAGCAAGAUGCAUAAGUAAAGUGAAUUAAAACAAAUUGCAACUCAAGUGAUUUCUUGAUAUACCUUAGUGCUAUGUUGAGAAGCAUAUUACAUUGAAUGUAACUACUAGAGUAGCCA